AUGAAACCUAUUUCUUUGGAUUAGAGCUAAACAAAAAUAAAAAUUUAAUAGCAAGUUAUUACAAUCCCUGAUGUUCCAUGUUAAAGACAUGCAAAGGAAUAGUUAGUAUCUGUGUGUACUUAAGGAUAAUGUAGAGAAAAAGGUGCAAUUUGCCCAUUGUGUUAAGUGAAUUAUCAUCAUAUGCAUUUGGAAGAUACUUGGAAUCUGAAUUAUUUUGUAUAAUAAAUUCAUAAAUAAAUUGAAAGUCUAUAGCCAGAUUAUAAAGCUAUUAAUGAAUUACUAAUAAGUUUUAAGUUAAAAAUAAGUGAAGUAAAGAAUUUAUUAAGAAUUAGUCUAUAAAAUCGUUAAUUUUGUAAUUGGAAAUUAUUGAUAAACAAGUGAAUAUGAUUCUAUAAAAAUCAAAGCAAAAAAUAGAUUUUGAUAUAGAUGAAAUAAAAACAACAUUGAAGAAUUUAGGGAAGACAAGUUAGAUUGAUAAUUUUGGAAAGAAAAGUAAGUUUAUAUAAAUAUAUAAAGUUGUAAAAUUGACUUAAUAUUUUGGUAUAGAUCCUAAAACUCAUGUAGUAUAUAGAACGAAAGAUUAUGAAGAUUUAUAGAUAUAGAAAAUGACAGAUUUAAUAGAGGAAAAUUAAUAAUAUUUUGAGAAAGUAAAGGAAAGAAUAACUCGAUUAUUAACAAAGACUUUGGAUAAAUUUUGCAAUUUUGAAAUACCAUAAUUAGAUAUGGUAGUUUCAAAAUAAUUUGAACCAAAAUAGUUGAAGUGUUAAUAAGUAAUACAUAGAGCUCACUAAAAUUGGAUUAGAAGUGUUUCUAUGUUUAAAUUGAGUGAAAGAGAAAUAUAGAAAGUAAAAGAGACAGCUUAAGGAUAAAUGUCAGAAUUUGAUUAAUCUCUUCGAUAUGGUUAAAUGGCUAUAGUAACAACAAGUGAUGAUAUGGAUAUUAAAGUUUGGUUAGAUUCUCCUGAUGAUCAUAAAUUUCAUCUUUUAUCAACUAUAACUGGUGCACAUCAGAGAGAGUUUUUUGGAUUGAGAAUUCAUUAUUGUGAUAUUAAUUUAAUAACUAGAAUGAGUAAUGAUAUAUCAUGUAAUAAUUUGAUUUUCAGUGCAUAACAUGGUUUAAUUAAAGUUUGGGAUUGGAUUAGUAAAAAAUGUGUUAAUGAAAUUAAAACUUAAUCAUUUUUUACAUAUGAUUUUGAAAUUGUUAAAAUGAAAGAUCUUGGUAUUUGUUUUGCACAUGGAUCUAAAAAUUCUAUUUAAAUUGUAGAUUUUACUAGUCCAUUUGGAAUGCUUAUGAUUUAAGAAAUUAAUCCAGAUGAAUAAAAUAAAGAUAUAAGUACUUUUAGAAAGAUAUCAUAAAUUAAAGAAAAAUUUGAUUAUUUAGCUGUAGGUUUUAUAAAUGGAGUCAUAAAAGUUUUUAAAAAUGAUGGCAAAUUGCUUUAUAAAAUUUAGAGAUAAGAUACUGAAUUAGCAUUUUGUGUAGAGUAUUUAAGAAUAGUAUAAAAGAAAACUUAAAAUUCUAAAGGUCCUACUGAACUCUUAGUAAUUGGAUCAGAUUCUGGAUCGAGUAUGCUUUAUUAAUAUAAAAGUUAGUGCUUAUGAUAUAUAAACAGGAAAAUCUGUUUGGGUCAAUAGAAAUUCUCAUACAAGUUUUGUUAGAGGUUUGACAUCCAUUAUUGUUAAAGAUAGUUCAUCGACUAAAACUAUUUUAUUAAGCUAAUCAGAAAAGGAAAAAAGUAUAAAUAUAUUAGAUGGGUAAUUUUAUAUUCAAAUAUCUUUUUUUUAGAGCUAAUGGCCAGCUAUUAUAUUCAAUGUAAGAAGCUUUAGAUUCUGGUUUAAGAUUCCGAGGUCUAAGUUCUUAUUAAGGUGUAUUAGAUCCUAUAACUCCUGAUUCUUCAAUUAUUGUUGCAGGAACUUGUAAAGGAACUCUUCAUAUUUUCACUUUUUAAGAAUAAAAAUAAACUUGAUUUAAAUACAUUUCAUAUACAGUAUAAGUUUAAUUACCCAG